AUGAAUAUUUCCUGUGAGUCACCAACCUCCAACUGGACAAUGGAUCCAUUGGGGGGGCAUAAAAUUUGGGAAGUUGUUGUGAUAAUACUUGUCACUGUGCCCCUUUCAUUGGUUACCAUCAUUGGAAACCUGCUGGUGAUGAUCUCCUUCCGGGUCAACAGUCACCUGCGCACAGUCAGCAACUACUUCCUGUUGAGCCUGGCCGUAGCAGAUCUGGUUUUGGGGGCCAUCUCCAUGAACCUCUAUACCAUCUACAUCAUCUUGGGGCGCUGGACCCUGGGGAACGUGGCCUGCGACAUCUGGCUGGCGAUUGACUAUGUGGCGAGCAACGCCUCGGUCAUGAACCUGCUGCUCAUCAGCUUUGACCGCUUCUUUUCCAUCACGCGACCUCUUACCUACCGUGCCAAGCGCACGCCCCGGCGGGCGGCCAUCAUGAUCAGCCUGGCGUGGACCAUCUCUUUCAUCCUCUGGGGUCCCGCCAUUCUGCUCUGGCCUUACAUGGCGGAGGAGCCAACGGGGGAGAAGGUCAGGUGCUCCAUUCAGUUCCUGACACGGCCUGUUUUUACCUUCGGCACUGCUAUUGCUGCCUUCUACCUCCCGGUCUCCAUCAUGAUCAUCCUCUACUGGCGCAUCUACCGUGAGACGGAGAACCGUACACGGGAUCUGGCUGGGCUGCUGGGCCUGGUGGAAGGUGGGGGAGCCUCUCUGGACUCUCGACGGCAGACGCCCUACUCCAUCAGUGCCAAGAGCAGCAUCUGUAGCUCCAAGGAGGUGCAAGCCGGCGAGAGCCAGGGCAGAAAGAGACUACCCACCUGCUUCUCCAUUAGGCCAAAUGAAAGGAGAGCACAGACAUCAGCCCAUAUAGAGGGGAGCAACAGAGGGGGCUGGAAUGUGGAUGAGGAGGAGGCCUCAGACUCCUCUUCUUCAGAGGUGAAAGGAAUAACCAGUAUCGUGGUGCAUGUACCCAUGAUCCAGUUGAGAGACAGGCAAGGAGAUCCUGAAGACCUGGACAAUCCCAACACACAGGACUUUGGAUGCCCGGGGAGACCUUGGCAACCCAAAGCGAAGAAGAGGCGAAGCAUGAUAGCGAAGGAGAACAAGGCGGCCAGGACCCUCAGCGCCAUACUGCUUGCCUUCAUCAUCACCUGGACGCCCUACAACAUCAUGGUGCUGGUUUCCAUCUUUAAGUGUGUCCCUGAGAACCUGUGGCAGCUGGGCUACUGGCUCUGUUAUGUCAACAGCACUGUGAACCCGAUGUGCUACGCCCUCUGCAACAAGUCCUUCCGAGUCACCUUCAAGAUGCUGCUGCUCUUACAGUGGGACAAGAGGAAGUGGGACAGGCCUCGACGCAGGGGCACUCUCGGGCCAUAUAGUUCCAGCAGCACCAUCUGA